UGCAGUCUUCGGACUUCCUCCUCUGCCUGUUUUCAUAAACAAACCUUACUUUCUCUCGCGCCAGGUCAUCGCGGAUGCGCUGUCAGUCAGUGUGCCAGUUUUGUUGAACUCCUGGUUCCGUGUUGCACGAGCUUUGAGACCGAGGCCUGGUUCGUGUUCAAAGAGAGACAGAGAGAGACGCGGGUAAACGCUGCAACAAGCGAAGGCUUGUCUGUGUUGUCUUUAUUGUCCGAGUGGUCCACGCAUGGUCGACUAUCGGACAGAGCCCGACCACGUAUCGCUGUAUUUGGAUGAUUUCCAGCUGUCAGUCUCUUUACGUCGCCGUGUAAACCGCGAGGGGCUAAUUUUCCAAACCAGACAUGGUGAAGUUGACAAAAGCCAAGACAUUCCAGGCUUACCUGGACUCCUGCCACCGGCGUUACAGUUGUGUGCACUGCCGUGCCCAUCUGGCCAACCAUGAUGAUCUCAUCUCAAAGUCUUUCCAAGGCAGUCAGGGUCGAGCCUACCUCUUUAACUCUGUGGUGAACGUCGGCUGUGGUCCUGCAGAGGAAAGGCUGCUGCUCACGGGACUUCACGCAGUGGCCGACAUCUACUGUGAAAACUGUCACACCACACUGGGUUGGAAAUAUGAACAAGCCUUUGAACUGAGUCAGAAGUACAAGGAGGGGAAGUACAUCAUCGAGCUGUCUCACAUGAUAAAGGACAAUGGCUGGGACUGAGGGAAGGCUUCAUCUUUCACCAUGACUGUUGUAAAAAAG